AUUAGCCAGUAGUCGCCCAUCUGGGCUGGGCUGUUAGCCUUCUGGGACCACUGGCCCUCCAGUAAUAGGGCCACCUUCUCCUGCAGGGCCCCUUAUUCUUCAGGGCAGCUUCUAGAGCAUGGAUCCCUCCUAAUUCUGCUCUGGCCCAAUGUUCCUCACAGUCAAGCUGCUUUUGGGACAGAAAUGUAGCCUGAAGGUGUCAGGGCAAGAGAGUGUGGCCACGCUGAAGAAGCUGGUGUCUGAGCAGCUGCAGGUGCCUGAAGAGCAGCAGCACUUGCUGUUCUGUGGCCAGCUCCUGGAUGAUGACAAGUGCCUCUCGGACUACUGCAUUGGGCCCAAUGCCUCUAUCAAUGUCAUCAUGCAGCCCUUGGAUAAAGCAGCACCAGACAAAGCUCUCCAACCUCAGGAUCAAGCCCAGUCCCUGUGGCACCAGCUGGACAGGGUCCUAGCCAAACACUUUGGGCCCCAGGAUGGCAAGAUGGUGCUACAGCUGCUGAGGCAGGAGCAUGAGGAACGGCUGCAGAAGGUGAGCCUGGAGGGCCUGGAGCAGCUGGCAUGCCACCUCCUGGCAGAGCAGCAGUGUAUGGAACUGGCUGGGGAGAGGGAGUCCUAGAGCACCUACAAGAAGGAGGAGGAGGAAAAGGAGAAGGAGGAGGAAGAGGAAGAGGAGGAGGAGGAAAAGGAGAAGGAGGAGGAAGAGGAAGAGGAGGAGGAGGAGAAGGAGAAGAAGAAGGAGAAGAAGUAGAAGAAGGAGAAGGAGAAGGAGAAGGAAAAGGAUAAGGAGAAGGAGAAGGAGAAGGAGAAGAUUAGUAAACUGGCCAGUCCUACUCAUUCACCUGCUAAAAUUCUCUGGCGUCAUCUUUCUGUGUUUCCAGGCAACUUUUCCCACUACUUCCUCCUCAUGCGGAUAUAUCUAGUCCUCUUUUUUUGAAACUUCAGUGUAGCUAGGGUAGUAUUUGGACUGCUGCUGUGUUUCCUUUCUGAAAUGCAGAAUGAUUCCACCUCCCCAUCACUACCCCUGAGAAGGGUUCUGAGAGCCCAGGGAGCCCUAAAGGGACAGUCAAAGUUGACAUUCCCCUCCUAGAUUGAGCAGCUCUGCCCAAGCAUGCCCUAGAGUCUCUAGACAGACCUUUUCUCCUUCAGAACAGAAAGGCAGUGUGAGCUCAUUUUCCCUCAUUCUCAGACCACAGCACCAGCCCCCAGAGCCCCAUCGACCAAGAGGACAGGACAGUGGGAAGCUGCCCUUGCUCUCUGGGUGAGGCUGUCCCUGCUGUCCACCUGCUUGUGCUUCUAUAGCUUCAGGGACAGGAUAGCAGAGGUGGGAUCAGGGGAGGCCACCUGAUGCAGACCAGGUCUGGGGCUCAUAGGAACUGGAAGCAGAACCUUAGGCAGAAAAAGUGAUCUACAAAUCAUACACUCAUGUGUCAGUGUGAACAGAGCCAUGCCCUGCCACCCCAUUCUGAUCAAUCAGUAGGUAGCACUAAGCUCCUAUUAUCUUCACAAGCUCCCUGGGAGGAAAAGAAAUGGCAUCAGCCAAGACCCUGGCACUCACAGAGUACAAAGCCUAAAUGAAAGGAGGGCAUGCAUGGGAAGAGUAGAGUGGCAGUGUGACAGUAGUGUGACUAACUGCCCUGAUGCCUUGCAGGGUCCUGGCUUAGCAUGAAAGGGCUGUCUUCUGUAGAAUCUGGGCAGAGCCUGGCCCUCUUCCCAUUCUGGGUGUAAGAGCAUAGCCUUUAUCCAGGGCUAAAGGAGCCCUCACACUCCACGCAGAUAGAUCUUCACUGCUGAAGUCCCCAAGAGCUGUUGCUCCAGAAGCUCCUGUCUUGGAGUUUGAGCUAUAGGGCAGGGGCUGAAGAAUGCCUAGACAGGAACCAUUAGGGCCACUUUUCUGAGGAGCAUUUGGUCCUUGGCUUGGGGACCUUGCCCUCCAUCCUAGCGCCAGUUCAGCCUUGUCUUGCCUCCUGACUGUGGCUUACUCACUUCACCUGUAUUACACUCAGGCUUCCCACCUGUUUCAUGGGAUCAUUAUCAUUGUAUUCACUUACUUUGUGGACAUAAUUGGAAGUGGUAGCAGGGACAGCCUGGAAAUCCUCUGCCUUUGUGAGCCUGUUUAGUAGCAGUGUUCUCUACCUCUGCUGGAGCAAGAGACACCCUCACUCACCAUAUGGCUCCUCUCCUUCGCCACUGCCCACCCCAGCCCUAUGGGCCAGGAGACGAGGACAGUGAGGCUUUCGGGACAUGCACGGCCUCUCCCCAGCCACUAAGCUCCUACAGGCUGGGGGUGGGAGCCCAGGCCUGCUCCUGAAUUCCUGUCCUGGCCCCACUGCUCCCAGGCCCUUCAUCAUCAGUGAGAAAGGCUCUUUGACAGUUCUGUGGGUGUAUUUGUGCUGGGGCUGUGCCAUUUACCAAGGUGGACAAGCUUAUUAUCUUUACAUUAGGGGAACUAAUAGCCCAUUUCUCAGGAAAUCUGUGAGCGAUAA